UAACGUGGCACGUGCAUACUCAGUCGAAAGAUAAAAGCUCUUAUCAAUUCCCAUUUUCUUCUCCUUCCUUUGGAACCUUACUUUCUUCCUCUCUCACUGCAAGCUCUGCAAUCCUUCAACGGUUCUCAGUUUCGUAAAUUUAAAAGAAAAUAUAAUUAAUUUUGUUUUUUCUUUCUGUUUUUGCUUUUCCAAUCUUCAGGUAAUUGAAAAAAAGAGAAAGGAUGGCAGCAAUAGCUACUGCAGGUGCUAUUAGCUUCAAUCUAAUAGGCACAUUCAAAGGUCUCUCUUUAUCUUCAAGCUCUUCUUUUUUCAAAGGCGAUACAACAUUGAAUCUUUCGCUUUCAAGAAACUGCGUUUCGUUGCCGUUAAAGGCUCCGUUUCCAUUAACAAUUGAAAUGGCUCACAAGAAAGGAGCUGGUAGUACAAAGAACGGCCGUGAUUCUCCCGGCCAACGUCUUGGCGUCAAGAUUUUCGGCAAUCAAGCUGCCAAACCCGGCGCUAUUAUCGUCCGCCAGCGUGGCACCAAGUUUCAUCCCGGGAAAAAUGUGGGGCUUGGCAAGGAUCACACCAUUUUCUCGUUGAUUGAUGGACUUGUAAAAUUUGAGAAGUUUGGACCUGACAGGAAGAAGGUGAGUGUUUAUCCACGGGAAGUUCAGCCUGAGAAUCCUAACAGCUAUCGAGCAAGAAAGAGAGAGUACUUUAGGCUGCAGCGUGAACGUAAGAAGGCUAGAAAGGAAGGCCUUAUUGCCGAGCCUCAGCUGGUACUUGCUUCCAACGUUGAUGCUACAGAUGACAACCCUGACUGUUGAUUCCGAAAGGGACUCCAAUUUUGGAUUGUCUUUUUCCUUAACUGGCAAACCCAUGAAAAUAUUGUUUACUUCAGUGGCUUCUAUUUUAUUAAUGCUCUUUAGAUGUGUUCAUAGUUGCUGUACUAAAUAUGCAAAUUCUAGUUUCUUCUUGUCUACUUCAAUACAAUCUCCAUUUUGCUA